AGGCACCAGCCAAUGUCAUCGUGACGUUCAGUUAGCUGUGCUGGCUAGCCACAGUCUGCGACCGUUCAGCCAGAUAAGGACGUUCAGCGGCUGGAGCGUCUCUUCAUUGGCUCAUCCAUCAUCCACCAGUGUGUCCCUCCAAAAACAUGGCGGCUCUCAAAGCUUUGUGCAGAGCGGAGACUGUGCUCUUCAAAAACCUACCAGGUCCCCGCAGAGCCAAAGUAAACUUGGCUAGCCACCAGUUCAGCAAGAUCUGUGGCUGUUUCUUUUCCACUUCCAAUCUGAGAAGCUCAAAGUUCUACUCAGAUCCUAUAGAUGCAGUGAAAGAUAUCCCUGCUGGAGCUACCAUUCUGGUUGGAGGCUUUGGAUUAUGUGGCAUACCAGAGAAUCUUAUCAACAGUUUACUGAAGACUGGUGUUAAAGAUAUCACUGCUGUCAGUAACAAUGCUGGAGUGGAUAACUUCGGCCUUGGCCUGCUGCUCCAGACUAAGCAGAUCAAGAGGAUGAUCUCCUCAUAUGUUGGAGAGAAUGCAGAGUUUGAGCGACAGUAUUUGGCAGGAGAGCUGGAAGUGGAACUAACGCCACAGGGUACUCUUGCUGAGAAGAUCAGGGCUGGGGGUGCUGGGGUUCCAGCCUUCUUCACUGCCACUGGCUAUGGUACUCUGAUCCAAGAGGGAGGCUCUCCUAUUAAGUACAACAAAGAUGGCAGCAUUGCCAUUGCUAGUGAGAAGAGAGAGGUACGAGAGUUCAAUGGGAGGCACUACGUCAUGGAAAAGGCCAUCACUGGAGAUUUUGCCCUGAUCAAGGCAUGGAAGGCUGACAAGGCAGGAAACAUUGUUUUCAGGAAAACAGCCAGGAACUUCAACCAGCCCAUGUGUAAAGCAGCCAAAACCACCAUAGUUGAGGUGGAGGAGAUGGUGGAUGUUGGAACUUUUGCUGAAGAGGACAUCCACAUACCCAGCAUCUAUGUCCACAGGAUCGUCCAGGGAGCCAGCUACGAGAAAAGGAUUGAGAAACGUACAGUAAAGAAAAGCCAAGAAGAGAAGCCCAAGCCAAAGAAGGAUUCAGAUAUUGUUCGAGAAAGGAUCAUUCGCAGGGCUGCUCUGGAGUUUGAGGAUGGAAUGUAUGCUAACCUUGGUAUUGGUAUCCCCAUGCUGGCCAGCAACUUUAUAAAACCCGACAUCACAGUACACCUCCAAAGUGAAAAUGGAAUUUUGGGACUGGGGCCAUACCCCACCGAGGAUGCAGUGGAUGCAGACCUCAUUAAUGCCGGGAAGGAGACUGUCACGGUGCUCCCUGGGGCUGCUUAUUUCUCCAGUGAUGAGUCAUUUGCCAUGAUCCGAGGGGGUCACAUCAACCUGACAAUGCUUGGAGCCAUGCAGGUGUCAAAGCAUGGUGAUCUAGCCAACUGGAUGAUCCCAGGUAAGAUGGUCAAGGGAAUGGGUGGAGCCAUGGAUUUGGUGGCUAGCGCUGGAACCAAGGUGGUGGUCACCAUGGAGCACUCAGCUAAGGGAGGAAAGCACAAGAUUUUGGACAAAUGUAAGCUGCCUUUGACAGGGAAACAGUGUGUGGACCGGAUCAUCACAGAAAAGGCUGUGUUUGAUGUGGAUAAGACAAAAGGCUUGACACUGAUAGAAAUUUGGGAGGGGCUUACUCCUGAGGAUAUCAAGGCAUGCACUGGCACAGAUUUCGAGGUGUCUCCCAACCUGAGGCCCAUGCAGCAGAUUUAGAGGAGCUUCCAAUGACUCUAAGAUGUGUGGGUGUUUUUUUUCUGAUUUGUGUCCCUUCGUGUUAGUGAUAAACAGCUGGUGAUUUAGCAGGCUGAGAUGGGUCAAAUAAGCUUACAAACCACAAAUGCCUUAGUUCUCUGGUGUCCCGUAUGCAAAUAUCAGAGGGAUUUAGCUCUCCGUAAUAUCAACUGAAUGGGAUUCAUGGGAGCCAAGGUGUAGUUCUUUUUGUGUUCUAGUCUGACAGAUGAUCAGGAAACAUUACACCGCUGCCUAUUGCACCACUGAGUUAUUCAUUUUUAUCUAUUUUUGUGUGCAGCUACCAAUUAAUCAGUUUGAAAAUGACAUUAAACUUGGCCUCAUUCUUUGCACGUCUUUCAGGGAAAACGCAGCUUUACUUGUAUUUUGAACAGAACUGACACAAUAGUUCACCUGAAUCACACUUACUGUAAGAUAGUAAGUUACUGUAAUAAUGUACAACCUAUAUUUAUUAAGUAUAGGAUGCAAGUGUGCGAUAAGUCAAGUGAUUUCAACAUUUAUUACAGAAGGGACUAUGUAUGUGGUUGUUUAAACUUGUGCUACGCCAAGAAACAAAAAAGAUCUUCAUGGAUUAAUUGUGAGAUAUCAUUUCAUUUUUCUUCUCGAUAAAAAGGGAGGUGUAGUAAUGGGGAUCUGACUGAGAUAUGUUUGUAACUACACUCUAAAAAGUAAUUCUGUGGACCUUUUGUCAUAACUUAAAUAAAUAUAUUGUUGUGACAUAAAAAAUCAA